AUGUCAGGUUGGGCGUCUCUCCCCCGUGAACUGACACGACAGAUUGUGUAUCUUGUCAUUGAGUCAAGCCCCGAGCUUCUAUGCGAAUAUGCCACUAUUUCGCGCGACUGGCAGGAGUACGUGGAGGAAAAGACAUUCUCCAAACUCAAGGUCCGGUCGACUCAGGUGCAAGAUUUGCGUCGUAUUGUGACUCCCAGGCGGCAGUCACAUGUUUGCGACAUGAUCUUUGAGGUUAUACUUCCAGAAUACGAUGCCAAGGCCGUUGCAUAUCUCAAAGAGACUAUGGCGGCAAAAGCAGACAAUAAUCGGGCUUUCACGAAUGCUAUCUACGAGCUUUUCGACGAGCUCACCGACUGGAAAAGACCCGAGCAGCAACGGGGUGUAUCUCUGGAUCUCUGGGUAGACUGUCCCAGUGACAGAGCACCUUGUGAACUUGGCAUCGUAAGGCGUCGGCGCCACCGCUUUAAUACAUCGCUGCUGGAGCUUUUGCCAGAGGACGGAGACCGCAGACUUGCUCGGCUAGAAAUCAUUACCGAAUUUUCCUGCGGCCAAUAUAGUCAGAGAAGCUGCACCGUCGCACCCAAGGCGUGCUGCGACAUGGCGGCCCAGAUGCCGAACGUGCACAAGCUGGAAUGGAACUUGUCGGACAACGACCGCCGCAGGAACCCCCGUCGUCGCGUCAAGGCGCGACAGGAUUUGGCCGCUGGUUUGCAGACGAUUCCCGACUCUGUUCGUCAUUUCACCUUUAGCUACCAUCGCGACGGUUCCGACUCCCACGACUGGAUUCCCCCUCGGCUAUAUGAUGGCGAUGAUCAGACGCCCGACCCGCUAAGUGUCGCUCUACGCCAGCUGUCGCAGCGCUUGGUAACGCUCCGCCUUGGCCCUGCCAUUGUCAGUCCAGAUGUUCUGUGGCCCUUGCCACUGUCAUCAUCGCCAUCUACAGGCAGUCUGGAGCACGGUGAUCAUUUCCCGCACCUCGAAGUCGUGUAUCUCCUGCCAGCCGAAGUCACUCCGGCCGGUGAAUGGCUGCUUUCCGGAAGUCCUUCUGAUGAUGACCUCAUAAGAAUGGGCCGAUAUAGCGACGGUGAUGAUGAUGAUGAUGACGACGACGAUGAUGUAGAGAUCAGUUUCGAAAACGAUCUCGGCUUCAGGACGCAAUUCAAUUCAAGUCUUGCCGAGCCCUACUUUCUUGCUGCAGCCACAGCAGCGCAACGCAUGCCCAAGCUGAAGGAGCUGUGCCUUGAGUGGCAGUUGAGACCGGGAGUCGGGCUGGGGUACCUCAUUGUGGAGGAAAAGAGUUCAAGCCCCAGAGCAAUGUUGGCGACCUGGGGCUCCCCGCCGAUUGAGCUUUCUCACGAGGCCAAGCAGGCGUGGCGUAAGGUGACGGAAAACCUACUUGGAAGCCCUGAGAUGGACUUUUCCGCUCGUGAUGAUGAUGGUAGAGAUUUUCAUGGGUGGUAA